UCGUAUCACGGCAACGUCGCUUCGGGCGCCAGAGAGGAAUAGCUGUGAGAGUGUAACACUCGUGCGGCAACACACCCAAUGUUUGUGUUUUCGAAUUUUUCGUGAUACUACUAGGAGUGUGCUUGUGGGAAGACCGCUUUUGGCAGGGUAUGUAGCCGAACUCGUGAAAAUAAUCUCAGGACAAUGUGGACAACGACUAAAACAACCAAGUAUGGCGUCGCUGUCUACAAUUGGCGUGGAGAGACGCGUUAUGGACUUCCUUUAGAAAUUGGAGAAACCGUACAAAUUUUGGAAGAAUGUGCAGGUUGGUACAGAGGAUUUUCUACAAAGAAUCGUGGGGUUAAAGGAAUAUUUCCUAGUUCCUACAUACACCUGAAGCCUUGCAAAAUCGACAAUGAGGGUCUCUUUGAGUCGGUUAUCCCUUUGGAAGAUCCGGUCGUACGGGAAGUUACCCUCGUCCUUAGAGAAUGGGAUGGUAUUUGGAAAAGGCUUUACGUGGAACGAGAAACAUACAAAUUUACAACCCUGAGGAAAGUGAUGACAGAUUUGCUACAAUGGCGACGACAACUUUUGGCUAGCACCCUUACCACUGAUCAAACUCGUGAACUCAAACUACGGAUUAUCAACAAAGUCGACUGGGGAAAUCGAAAACUUGGCUUGGACUUGGUACCACGUCAAGGUGCACACAUGGUGGACCCAGAUACUAUGUCUGUCGUUGAUCUCUACCAUGUGCAUCUACAAAGCGCGGAAAAUUCGCAAGGUGCAUCAACGAGGGGUACAUUGAAACGCAAAGAACACAAAAAAGUAUUGACGCAUCAUCUCUAUUUCUGCAUGCGAGAUUUUGGUCAUUCGGUAGGGGAGGACACCGAGAUUUAUUUUUCCCUUUACGAUGCUAAAAGAGGACAAUACUUGAGCGAACGUUUUUUGGUCAAAAUAUCGAAAGAAGGUUUCUCGAAUUACGUUGAAAAAUUACACAACAAUUGUACGAUCUUCACGGAUCUUGGUAACGCCGAUUUGAGCCGUGAUCUUUACCUGGUUGCACACGUCAUGCGAUGCGGUAGAAUGUUGUAUUCUGACUCCGGUAAAAACAAGGCAGGAAGUGCCGUUUACAGGAGACCUCAUGGGGUCGCGGUACUUUCUUUAGCCGAUACCACUCAUACGGAGGAACUAGAAUUACCCUUUAAGGUAUACCAAGGCGAAGAGAAAGAAUUUCAUCAAUUGCACGAACAAAUUAUUCGUAAUAAUAAAUGUACUCCGCUUCCUGGCCAACCAAAUUAUGGAAUAAUAGUAUCCCUUCGAAUAUUACAUGGUGAAUUGUCUCAGGUGCGAGAAGAAAAUCCAUUAUUGUUCAAGAACAUUUGUCUUACGAAGAAGCUAGGUUUCUCCGACGUUAUAAUGCCAGGUGACGUUAGAAACGAUUUGUAUUUGAAACUCGAACGUGGUGAAUUCGAACGUGGUGGAAAAUCAACUGGAAAAAAUAUCGAGGUGACUAUCUUAGUCUUGGAUGCCGAAGGCCAACCAUUGGAGGGAUGUUUGUUUGGUGCAGCUGGAACCGAGGGUAGUUCAGAAUAUCAAAGUUUAGUCAUUUAUCAUCACAAUAGUCCAUCCUGGGCAGAAACUGUGAGAUUAGCCAUACCCAUUGACAAGUUUUAUGGGAGUCACGUACGCUUUGAAUUUCGUCAUUGUUCCACUCGAGAGAAAAACGAUAAGAAACUUUUUGCGUUCGCUUUUGUACGUUUAAUGGAACCCGGCGGUGCUACGCUUCAAGAUGGCACUCACGAGCUGUACAUCUACAAGUGCGAAGAACGAGCUAAAUUAGAUUCACUUAGCUACCUAUCUUUACCCAGCUGUGCUCGAGAACCAAGCGCUACAGGUGCCCCAUCCUUCACAAGAUCACCUAAAGAAGCUGUAUUCAUUCAUACUCUUCUCUGCAGUACGAAACUAACUCAGAAUGUUGAUUUGUUGAGUCUCCUUCAAUGGAAAGCUCAUCCUGAACAUAUUUCCGAAGCAUUAGGACGAGUUCUUAGAUUGGAUGGCGAGGAAUUAGUUAAGUUUCUUCAAGAUAUAUUGGAUGCACUGUUUGCGAUGUUUCAUACCGAGGAUGGCAAUUCAACGGCACAUUCAGGAUUGGUCUUUCAAGUACUAGUCUCGAUCUUCAGUUUACUCGAGGAUUCCAAAUUCGAACAUUUCAAACCAGUUAUGGAUGCUUAUAUUUCUGGACACUUUGCAGCAGCUUUAGUUUACAAAGGUCUCUUAAGUAGCGUACAACACUGUGCUGAUUGGGUAACAGCAGCUGAAAAACAGGAACCGAUAAUGAAAUGUUUCAAAUCUCUCGAAUAUAUUUUUAAAUUUAUCAUACAAAGUCGAUUGCUAUUUGCACGUGCCACGGCUGGCCAAUUCGAGGAUAGUUUUAAAAGAGAUCUAUACUGUGUUUUUUCCGCAUUAAGCAAGAUGUUGAGUAUAUCAUACGAAAUGGUUUUACAAUCACAAAUAGCUUUGCUAUUAUCGAUCGCAGCUGUCUUUGAACAAUUGGUAGCCGUAUUACCUGUUCUCGAUGUUGCCAAAUUAACGUGUACAAUGUUGGACUCGGUACCACGAGAACCACAAUUACAAUUGAUACAAGCUAAAUUAUUGGCCAUCAAAAAUCUAACAACGUCUAGCUUGUUUCGGGAAGAUGACGAAAGUAGAAAUCUUUUGUUGGUAACUAUCUGCAGACAUCUCAGAAUUCACUUGGCCAGACGAGAAGAACUUCGUACUUGCACGGAUAUACUCGGAGAAAUAUUGAGUUUUCUUCACAAGAGAGGCAGAGACGCAAACAAGGUUAACAAUUGUAUUCAUCACGACGUAGAAACCUUAUGUCUAUCGAUUUUAGACGUAUUGGUACAAACUAUACUCAUAGUUAUCAAUGCAAACGGUCCAGUACUUGGUUGCUUAGUUGCCUGUUUGAUAGGCUUACUUCAACUUCUGGAUGAGUAUCAUUAUUCACGUUUGUGGGAGGAACUGUCGCGUGGUUCAGAACGAAAACCAUUAAAAGAUUUUCUCGUGAGAGUCUUUUUAGUUUUACGCGAUCUCGUUAAGCAAGAAGUAUUUCCACCCGAUUGGUUGGUCAUCAGGAUGCAAGCAAACAACGUCAUAUUGAAAUCUUUGCAAGAGCUUGCUCAACCAUUAGCCUUUCGGUUUCUUCACAGCAGUUUUGAUUCGCAACUUUGGUCAACGUAUUUCAAUUUGGCCGUAGCUUAUCUCACGCAACCGUCGCUACAACUGGAACAAUUUUCCGAAGUUAAACGAGAGAAGAUUGUUGAGAAAUAUGGCGACAUGAGAGUUCUCAUGGGCUUUCAAAUAUUAUCCAUGUGGUCAAAUUUGGGUGAUCGUAAACUCGAAUUUAUUCCUGGAAUGGUUGGACCAUUCCUCGAGGUCACUCUCGUUCCAGAAAGUGAACUGAGAAAGGCAACUUUACAUAUCUUUUUUGACAUGAUGGAGUGUGAACAACGUGCACGCGGUAGCUUUAAAUCUGUCGAGUCAGAACUUAUAGAUAAAUUGGAUAUACUUAUCAGUGAGAAUAAAGGUGACGACGAAUACAGACAAUUGUUCAAUACCAUGGAACAUCUUAGCGCUGUAUUGUUGGACAGAGUUCAAUCGGAGGAUCCAGCUUGGAAGGACAGUGGUACUGCAUUCAUCACGUCGAUCACUCGUUUGUUAGAAAGACUUUUGGAUUAUCGUAGCGUUAUUCAAGGUGAUGAAAAUCGUGACAAACGUAUGUCAUGUACCGUGAAUUUAUUGAACUUUUACAAAAAUGAAUUCAAUCGUAAGGAGAUGUAUCUACGUUACAUUUACAAGUUACACGAUCUACAUCUAGCUGCUGAGAAUUACACGGAAGCUGGAUUCACGAUGAAAUUGUAUGCCGAUCAAUUAGGAUGGGGUUCGAACGUUUUACCAUCUGAUCAUGAACAUCCUCAACAACCUGAAUGGCAGAGAAAAGAAAUUCUUUAUUACAAAAUCAUUCAUUAUUUGGAUCGUGGUAAAUGUUGGGAGAAGGGUAUACCUCUUUGCAAGGAAUUGGCUAUCUUAUACGAAACGAGAUUGUACGAUUAUGCGAAAUUAAGUCACGUGUUGAAACUACAAGCUAAAUUCUUGGAUAAUAUCUUGACUCAACUAAGGCCUGAACCAGAAUACUUCAGAGUUGGAUUCUACGGUUUAAGCUUUCCACUUUUCGUUAGGAACAAGCUGUUCAUUUAUCGUGGUUUGGAAUACGAGAGAAUAGUGACGUUCACUCAAAGACUGCAAACUGAAUUCCCAAGCGCACAAAUAUUAACGAAUAAUUCGCCACCCGAUGAAUGUAUUCUAUCAUCCGAGGGUCAAUACAUACAAAUAUGUAAUGUCAAACCGAUACCAGAAGAAGGCAGUUUGGCAUGUAGCGGUGCAGAAAUUCCAGAACGCGUGGUAGCAUUUUAUAUGGUGAAUGACGUAAGAAGAUUUACGUUUGAUCGGCCAAUACAUCGAGGCCCUGUUGAUCGUGAAAAUGAAUUUAAAUCAAUGUGGAUCGAGAGAACAACUUUGACUACCGAAGCAAAGUUGCCAGGUAUUUUGAGAUGGUUCGAAGUGAUUGAAAAAAAAACGGAGAUCUUGGCGCCGGUUCAGUUCGCCUGCGAUACGAUGCAAUCCGUUGAAAGGGAAUUGAGAAGACACAUAGCUCAAUAUACGGCUGAACCACACAGAAACAUCAGUCCCUUCAGUAUGAGGCUACAAGGCAUACUCGAUGCAACCGUUAUGGGUGGAAUAGUGAAAUAUCAAGAAGCAUUCUUGACUCCUGAAUUUGCUAGGCAAAAUCCUGAUAUGGUACCGCACGUGAAUCGACUGAAAAAUUUAAUACUCGAUCAAAUAAAUGUCCUAGAAUCGGGAAUGGUUUUGCAUGGUCAAUUAGCACCGCCCGGUGUUCAACCAUUACACAAAAGACUGUUCGAAAGAUUUAUUCAAUUGAAGCAAGGUCUCGGUCCACUUGCCAGACAGCGAACGAUUCAUCAGGAUAGCAUAGUCAAUUCACCAUUGCCACCUUUACCUAUCAGUGAGAAACAACGGCCAGCAACUUUGGAAAACGUAGGUUCGAGAAUGUCUCAUGCUGAGAGCGAUGGUUUGCCAGAAGACGAAAGAUUUUAUUCUAGAGUCGAUGGUGCACCACCACCUAUUCCACAAAGAGAAGUAAGACCAAGAUCUGUGGGUUAUGGGACAACUCCACCUAGACCAACUCAUCAAAGAACACUAAGUAAACCAUUAAGCCCGAAAUUACCAUUAAGGCAUUCUUUGCCAACUCCAACUGACGGGGUAGAUCAAAGCGGUCUGAGAAGUUCUUGGAGCGAGCCUGGUCCAGAAUCAGCACCACCAUUGCCACCUAGAGGUUGCACUCCUGAUAAAAGAGACAACAAUACUAACACUGUUAUACCUCCUGCACCACCAAAACGAUUGGCAUACAAACGUAAUACAGAAUGGAGUACAGACGAUGAUUCAGAAACACAAAAUGAACCGGUCGAUCUUCGAGACAGCGGGAUCUCAACAACUAGUUUAUUAGACUUCCAGUCUCACUUAACUAAUCUAAAUAAUCUCAGUUACGAGGAUUCUGAACCACGCACAAGGUGUAACGAUAUAAUGAACAUUUCACCACCGUCUAUGAUCAAUUCUCUCAAUAUUUCUACUUGUAGUUUCCCUAGUGGUACAUUCCAGAAUUCAAAUUCUCUUUCUGCUCAGGAGGUAAGUCCUCCACCGAUUCCUCCCAAAGCUCAUCAAGACACCCCAUCCGCGCCGUCAACUUUGGAAAGGAUGUCAAAUCGAUCAGGUGGUUACCAUGGACACACGGAAAAUUAUUCCGUACCAAAAAUGCAGACCUUGUCCGUGGCAUCGGACACAGAGAGUACUGUGUAGCAAUGAAAUAUCUCCUAGUCUUUAGCGAUUAGUCAUAAUAUAAUAAUAAUUAUUAUAAUUAUAAUAAUGUGUAAGUGCCAUAGUCCGGCAAAUCCGAUAUCUUGAAUAGUUCGUUGUUAAGAUUAAGUAUAAUUACAAAAAAAUGAUUCCGAUGAUUCUACGAUUGGUAAUGACGAUGGAAAUGACAAAAAAAAAAUGAAUGAAAGAAAGAUCGGAGGAUUUGUUUGACAAAUCAUUUGCACAACAUUGGAAAUAUACAUAUGCAGAUAGUAUUUAAGAUGAGUCUAUUGUCUAAUGUAAUCUAAAUGAAAUCUUCUAUGGCGUAACAACACGAAAUGGAUUAUACCCACCUGCGUAUAAAAACGUACCUUAGCAAAUGCACCGUGUUCGAGUGCGGUAAAUAUCGAUUGGGCUAUUAUUUAUCUAUGAUUAUCUAUACUCGAUGAUAAUCUGUGCCAUGCAAAAAUAAAAAAAGGAAACUAUAAAAUAAAACAUAAAAGUAACAAUAGCAACUGAGCCAAGAUCGAUAAUGAACUAAACACUGGAACAAACGGUGCAUUGGACUUUAUGUUAAAGACAACGUUCUUCCGAGUAUUAACCUAGCUAUAUUUUGUAAUUUAUUUAUAUUUUCAAUAAGGAAUAAAAAGUCAUUUUUAUCAAUAACGAU